CAUCUGGUUCUGCAGGGAGCUGACAGGAGCCUCACCCGUAGCGAGAAUUUAGCAGCAAAUAUUUCAUAUCCGUCAUGGUACUUAUGGCUUAUGCCUUCAUAUACGCACAAGAAGUCACCUCUACAUGCUUUACCCCGUCUGAGCGGACUGUCUGCUGAAAAAGAUCCCAGGGUGCUUUGCUCUGUUCCCUCUCACCAUGGCGACAGUAGUGAUGGAGCAGAUUGGGCGCCUGUUCAUCAACGUCCAGCAGCUUCGUCAGAUCCCCCAGCUGCUGGAGUCUGCCUUCCCAAAGCUGCCCUGCACCGUGACCGUCAACGACGUGCCCUGGGUGUUUAAGGAGUCUCACAUCCUCACGGGCUACCGGCCACCUGACCAGAGCUGGCGCUACUACUUCCUGACACUCUUUCAGAGGCACAAUGAGACGGUCAACGUUUGGACACACCUGCUGGCCUCUCUUAUCAUCCUGGUGAAGUUCCAGGAGGUGUCUGAAACCGUGGACUUCUUGCGAGACCCCCACGCUCAGCCGCUUUUUAUAGUGCUUCUAGCCGCAUUCACUUACUUGGCCUGCAGCUCACUGGCCCAUCUGCUUUCUGCCAAAUCUGAGCUCUCCCACUACUCUUUCUACUUCCUGGACUACGUGGGUGUGGCUGUGUACCAGUAUGGCAGUGCCCUGGCUCACUUCUACUACGUGGUCGAGGAGGCAUGGCACGCUCGCGUUCGAGGGUUCUUCCUGCCCGCUGCUGCGUUCCUGGCCUGGCUCUCCUGUACUGGAUGCUGCUAUGGCAAGUAUGCGAGUCCACGCCUGCCCAAGUUUGCCCACAAGUUGUUCCAGGUGGUGCCCUCAGGCCUGGCCUACUGCUUAGACAUCAGCCCAGUGGUGCACCGCAUCUAUAGCUGCUACAGCUCCCAGCAGAGCUGCGCCGACCAGGCCGUAACCUACCACUGCUACCAGAUCCUCUUCUUCUUGGUGAGUGCCUACUUCUUCGCUUACCCACACCCGGAGUGCUGGUUCCCUGGCCGGUGCGACUUCCUUGGUCAAGGCCACCAAAUAUUCCAUGUUUUCCUUGUGCUCUGCACGCUGGUGCAGAUAGAGGCAGUGCGCCUUGACUACAGCGAGCGGAGGCCCCUCUAUGAACGUCUCCAUGGUGACCUGGCUCACGAUGCCGUGGCACUCUUCAUCUUCACAGCGUGCUGCAGCGCCCUAACCGCGUUCUAUGUGUGCAAGCGAGUGAAAGCCUACCUCGAGGAAAAGCAGGAGUAAAUGUAUGGGGAAAGGCCUAAGGACAAGACAAGAUAACACUGCUGGCCUAAAGCAGUGUUCUCACUGGUGUAGUAAGGACACUGAACAGUAUGGACCUGCUGUUGUUAAAUCACAUUUUGUGGUUUAGGUGGGAUGGGAGGGGGGGUUUCAAUUUUGUUUUUGUAACAUGGCCUGCCAAAAUUGUAUUGUCAAUCAGCUAUGUACUGUUUACUGCAUUUAUACUUAAAAAACUCUGCCUCAGAUGAAGACAGAAGAAGGAAAUAAGAGGCAUUGCACUGAUAUUCAUUCAUGCUCUGCUCUAAAGAGGGUCUAAAAUUUCAGUGCCAACAAGAAGUCUUUCAUACCUUUCAUUUGCAUGAAUUUGUGAUCUAUUUUUGUGGGUGAAAAGGCAUUAUGGGCAGGACUAUAAAUAGAUGUGGACUGGUGAAAAUUAUGAUCCAGUCUUAGAAAUGUAUAUUGGAAAACAAGUUAGUGAAACCAAACUUAGCAUGCCAUCUGUGUGCUCUUCUAAAUGUUUAUGAGCACUGUCAGAAAGAAUCUGUGUGUGACUGUGUUUGUGAGAUUUGUUCAAGUUGGACUCAAACCGGCUCACCUCAGUGGUGCACUAAAGGGCAUUUAGAGCAUGGAUGCUAGAGGAGAUACUAAAAGGCAUUUUUUUUCAUUCAUCAGGACCAAGAGCUCCCACAGCAUUGCCUGCAUAGUUUGUCAGAAAGCAUGACAACAGUCAUCCAGCUUUGGUUGCAUCAUACAUAGGCAGAAAACCACAAAAAAAGCAUCAAGUUGACUGAUGACAUACCCUUAGUCACUGAGUGUUCUUUGUUAUCAUCUCUAAAUCUUCCCUAAUUUUAUGCGAACUGCAAUCUUUGAGUGUUUUUGUGUGCCUCCAACACUGCCGCUUGAUGUUGCCCUAACCUAAAUCUACGUGCCUGCUUUUUUCAGAAGGCACAUAUGCCAAAAUGUUUAGGCUUAAGAUGAAAGUGGCUGGUAGACUUUUACAUCACAGGCCUAUAAAACCCUUUGAUGUAAUCAAGGAAAUUGCAUUAUCUUGAAAAGUCCUCAUAACGUAUGCUUUUUUUUGAGAAUACCUCAAAGUGUUAAAUAAAAGACAAAGUUUAGAUUCCAUCCGCUGUUGACUGAACUGAUUCAGCAAAGUAUUUCAUUUAAUAUAAGCCAAGGAGGCUUUAGUGAAUUGAAUUACGUGCCCUUGCUAACUAUGAUGCCUGCUUUCAUCAUCAAGAUGCUCCUUUUGUACCCAAAGGGCUACUAUGUCGGCUUUUGCCUUUACGCACUUCACGAUGUCAAUGCCUUUGUGCAUAUUGUCCACUGGUUGAUGUUUUUAGUGGUUCACAAAAAAGUCUGAGCAUUAAUAUAAUGGAAUGUGUGUUCUAAUGUGCCUGAAUACACGCAUGCGUCCAUGUGAGGCAAUGUUCAUAUAGGUGUGGUGAAUGUGUGCAAUUUCUGAAUGUGUUCCAGUUAGUUGUAUGUCAGUUUGUUGCUUGUUUUAAAGAAUUCUGUUUUACCUUU